UUCUCUCUCUCUCUUCUAAAGUCAGAAGUUUUUGGCUAUGGCGCUGGAGUCUUCCAGGAUCACAGUAACCAACAUUUGCUUGGUUUCUCCAAGUUACAGCCCGGAGAAUGUCGAUCUGUUGGAGAGGAAGAAGCAAAUGCGUCUCUGUGCUGCUUCUCAUAUGAUUUGGUUCGUGCCUUACAGGACUCGCCUUCUCUUCUUCCGAAAGCCUCCUCCCCAUCUCUCCUUCGAGGCCAUUGUAGCAAAUCUCAAGAGUUCUCUUGCCAAGGCGCUGGUGGAGUUUUAUCCCCUGGCAGGGAGAUUGCUUGUGAGUGACAGCGAGAAUGGACUCCGGAUGGAUGUGGUUUGCAAUGACAAAGGCGUGCUCUUCAUUGAAGCCAGUGCUACUGGAGUUACUGUUGAGGAGCUCGCAAAGGAUGAAGUGAGUGGUCAUUUCGAGGGGAUUCCAGCAAAACUAGUGGAAGAUCUGGCACAAUGUGGAGACUACGAUAUAUCGACAAUUCCAUGGUCCUUCGAUGCUCCUCUGUUCAUCAUCCAGGUGACAGAGCUUUCUUGUGGAGGCAUUUGCAUCUCCGUCAAGUUCAAUCACCAGCUUUUAGAUGGAGCUGGGACCUGGAACUUUGUCAAGUCAUGGGCCGAGGUCUGUUGUGGUAAAUCUAUGUCACUCAAGCCCGUGGUCGUGGAAACUCCACCAUGCAUUGCGGUCUCGGACGAUCAUCCCACAGAUUUUGAGCUUCCAGCAGGAUUUGAAAGGGUCUGCAACGCGGAUUUACUGAAAUUAAGCACCAAGUCAACAUCGCAGUCCGCGGAGUAUGACAUGAAGUGCUUUGCAUUCAAGAAGGAGAUGAUCCAAAAGAUGAAGCUCGAGAAUCCAGGGUUCAGCUCGUUCCAGCUUCUCACGAGUUUCAUAUGGUCCAGAGUUAACGCUGCGAGAGAUCUCAAGGAUGACGAAACCACUACUGUUGUAUUCGCGGCGAACUGUAGAGGACGGAUCAAGACUGUGCCGAAGGGAUUCGUAGGAAUGGCCGUGGUGUAUGAUCACGUUUCCACCAAAGUCUCGAGCCUACGAGCUGAGGGAAAUGAGCUGAGAAACGGGGCGGAUCUUCUCAAGAAAAAGAUCGGUGAUUUGCUCACGGAGGAAGGCGUGGGUCUCUACUCAAAGGUUGUGAGCAGUGGCGACAGGGGCUUCACCGCUUUUCCUCAAUCUAAGAGGGAAACAGCAUUGAUCGUUGGAAGUUCGUUCUACUUCCCGGUUUUCGAGGACUUUGGAUUUGGAAAGGCGGUUGGAAUGACGCUGGUUCGUCCUUCUGAGGAUGGCAGGCUAUACUAUUUCCCAGGGAAGGAGGAAGGUGAUGUGGUAGCAUAUAUUGGGCUCACAAGUCACGCGAUGAGAAAGCUUAGUUUUCCACAGGUUUGAAACAAUAUAAAGUUGUCUCUUUGCCCUUCACCGCGGGACGGCAUGGAAAUCAAGGCGAGGAUCUUCGAGA